AUGAUUGUCACCAGGCAGCCUAACAAGGCCUUGCUGCAACCGGCCGUUCAGGAGCUCUUGGGAAAAUACGCAGUGCUCUUCAAGGAUCCCGAAGGAUUGCCUCCAAUCCGAAGCUAUGACCACAAAAUCAGCCUACAAGAAGGGGCUAAAUCUACUUGGGUAAGGCCAUACCGCUACCCAUAUCACCAAAAAGAAAAAAUUGAGAAGCUAGUAAGGGAGAUGUUGAGUUCAGGGGUCAUUAGGCCAAGCCAAAGCCCUUACUCGUCCCCGGUGUUGCUGGUGAGGAAAGUGGACGGGAGUUGGCUGGAAUACAAAAGGGGAAGGGAGAACAAGGCUGCAGAUGCACUAUCCAGGGUUCAACUCAACAAUGAAGAUGGGGAUGCAGAUGAAAUGCCAGAAUCAAAUUCAAAUGCAAACCCAACAACACAGGAUCUAGGACAGGAGAUGCAAACAGAAACAGAAUUAGCAGAUUCUAACACAGGCAAACAAGAAACACAAAUGCAAGCACAGGCAAUAAGUACAUUCAAAGCCGACUGGCUGGAAGAACUCAGGAAAACUUAUCUUGAUGAUCCACAACUCCAGGAUCUACUGCUACAAUUCCAGGAAGGUGCCCUCUAUCCAGUGAAGUUCCACCUCCAGGGAAUGUGA